CUUUACCCUUUCAUCCCUGAGAGAAUGAGCCUAUCGGAUUGUAGCUUGCUGCGGGGUGGAGAAGUAGGGUCACUGAGCACACAGGCAAUAUGAUGGGACCACCUGGGAUGCCACCUCAUUUUCCUCCAAUGGGGAUGCCACCCAUGGGUCAGAGACCUCCAAACAUGACCCCAAUGCCUCCUGGUAUGAUGCCACCAAUGAUGCCUCCUAUGGGAGGACCAUUGGGACAGAUGCCAGGCAUGAUGCCACCAAUGAUGCCAGGAAUGAUGAUGCCACCUCAUAUGCCAGCUGCUUCAAUGCAACCUACAGGACCGCCUGGUGUAAACAUUUCAGAUGCUUCCAUAGCUUCAUCAGUGCCUGGAACUUUGGCCACAAAUCCUGCAGUUUCUGCAAUUCAGCAAGGUGCCACGGCCAGCAGCUCUCCACAAGAUGACCAACCAAAGAAAUCUUUGUGGACUGAGCACAAGUCUCCUGAUGGAAGGACAUACUUCUACAAUACAGAAACUAAACAGUCCUCGUGGGAAAAGCCAGAUGAGCUUAAAUCACCUGCGGAGCAAAUGUUGUCAAAGUGUCCUUGGAAGGAGUUCAAGUCAGACACGGGAAAGCCUUAUUAUUAUAACUCUCAAACAAAGGAGUCUCGCUGGACAAAACCUAAAGAGCUGGAGGAUCUUGAAGAUAUGAUCAAGGCUGAAGAAAAUGGGGCUCUAGAUGUUUCAGCAGCCUCCGUGCCUGCUUCAGUACCUGUUGUUACAGACAUCACUCAUGCAUCUGCUGCAGAGACUGAGGCCACAGUCCCUGUUGUCGGUGAAGAACAACCAGUCCAAACUCCUGUCCAGGCACAAGAGGAACCCACAGAAGUCACUCUGAAUUCAGUCGAGGAGGCUCCUAAUCAAGAGGUUCCAGUAAAUUUUUUUGCUAGUGAUCCUGUUAAAAAGGAAGAGAGGCCAGAACUAGUCAAGAAAGUAUACAAGUGGAACACUAAAGAAGAAGCCAAACAAGCAUUCAAAGAACUGUUAAAAGAAAAGGGCGUUUCAUCCAAUGCCUCUUGGGAACAAGCUAUGAAAAUGAUUAUCAAUGACCCUAGAUAUAGUGCAUUGCCUAAGCUGAGUGAGAAAAAACAAGCCUUCAAUGCUUACAAGGUACAGACUGAAAAAGAAGAAAAGGAAGAAGCUAGAAUUAAAUACAAGGAGGCCAAAGAAACCUAUCAGAGAUAUCUGGAAAGUCAUGAGAAAAUGACAUCAACUACAAGAUAUAAGAAAGCUGAACAGAUGUUUGGAGAGAUGGAGGUAUGGACAGCAGUUCCUGAGCGUGAUAGAUUAGAAAUCUAUGAAGAUGUCUUGUUUUACCUUGCAAAAAAAGAAAAGGAACAAGCCAAACAGUUGAGAAAAAGAAAUUGGGAAGCCCUGAAGAACAUUUUGGACAACAUGGCUAAUGUAACGUACAGGACAACCUGGUCAGAGGCGCAGCAGUAUCUACUGGACAACCCUACAUUUGCAGAGGAUGAAGAAUUGCAGAAUAUGGAUAAGGAGGAUGCAUUAAUCUGCUUUGAAGAACAUAUAAGAGCCUUGGAGAAGGAAGAGGAGGAAGAAAAACAAAAAUCUUUACUAAGGGAAAGAAGGCGGCAUCGUAAAAACAGGGAGUCGUUUCAAAAAUUCUUGGAUGAGCUGCAUGACCACGGACAACUGCAUUCAAUGUCUGCGUGGAUGGAAAUGUAUCCUACUGUUAGCUCCAACAUAAGAUUUGCCAACAUGCUGGGGCAACCUUCUUUUGGUGUGUAUUCUGUAGGUUCAACACCUCUGGAUCUUUUUAAGUUUUACGUUGAAGAUCUGAAGGCCCGAUAUCACGAUGAAAAAAGAAUCAUCAAAGACAUCCUUAAGGACAAAGGGUUUACAGUUGAAGUCAAUACUAGCUUUGAAGACUUUGGGACUGUUAUCAGCUCUGAUAAAAGAGCCACAACUUUGGAUGCUGGAAACAUCAAACUUGCCUUCAACAGUUUGUUGGAGAAAGCAGAAGCUCGAGAGCGGGAAAGAGAAAAAGAAGAAACCCGAAAGAUGAAGAGGAAGGAAGCUGCCUUUAAAAGCAUGCUAAAACAGGCUGCUCCCCCACUCGAACAUGAUUCAGCAUGGGAUAGUGUUCGAGAUAGAUUCCUGAAAGAAUCUGCCUUUGAAGACAUUACAUUAGAAUCUGAAAGAAAAAGGAUAUUCAAGGACUUCGUACAGGUUCUAGAGCACGAGUGUCAACAUCAUCAUUCAAAGAACAAGAAGCACUCCAAAAAGUCAAAAAAGCACCACAGAAAGCGAUCCCGCUCUCGUUCGGGCUCCGAUUCAGAGGAAGACGACUACCAUUCCAAGAAAAAGAAACGCACGCCGUCCAGAUCUGCAUCUGAGCGUUCUUCUAGUGCAGAAACAGAGCACAGUUAUAAGAAAUCGAAAAAGCACAAGAAAAAGGGCAAAAAGAGGAGACACAAGUCUGCAUCCCCAGAAUCUGAUGCUGACAAGGACAGAAAAGGGAGGGAUCGUGACAGAGACCGUGAGCGGGAGAAGGAGAAGGAGAAGGAGAGAGAGAGGGAGAGGGAGAGGGAGAGGGAGAAGGAGAUUGAGAAAUCCAGAGGGAAAUCCCGGGCUGAAUCUAAGCAAAAAUCUCCAAAGGGGGGGGGGGGGGGGGGGGGGCUAAGAAAAAGGGAGAAGGAAGAAGGUGGAUGGGACACAUCAGGCAGUGAGUUGAGUGAAGGAGAACUAGAAAAACGAAGGAGAACUCUUCUGGAACAGCUGGAUGCACCAUAAUUAUAUAUUUUUGGUUCAGGCAAACUUGAUAUACCAUUUUGAAUUCCUUGUAUUUUUAUUUGGAUUUUAAGAUUAUGCCAUCAAACUUGAUAGUUUCUCCAAAAAAAAAAAAAAAACCUAGAAUUUGAUCAAUAAUACAUUGCAAAGUUUGCAUACACCUAAUGCAAAUAAGUUGUAACAUUUCUUUACACUGGGGGAAUUUGUGUUUUUAAAAUGUCUGGGGUUUCUUUGUCUUGUUGAGUUUAUUAAUGAUAAACUUUGAACUAUGUAAGCAAGCAACAUUAUUUGCAGUUAAAAACAGCUUUUUAAUUGUUGAAUUUAAACACUUGUAAAUUUAAUCCAACAUUAAAUCUGAUUUCCCAAGGAAUUUAUCAAUUAUUGCUUCAAUUCAAGUUUUAGCAUGAUAAAAGCAUAAUUGAAGCAAUACAUUGUGUAUACCAGGAUAAUGUUUGUCUAUUGUUUCCUGCAAAUUGCACUGGUUAAUUUCAGAGCCACUUCAAGUACAAUACUGACCCCCCCUUUGCCUCUUGUGUUGAAUUCUUGUUACACGUUUAUAAAAACGUAUUACCUUGCCAGUAGUUGUCAAAAUCCUUAUACUGUACUUCAAAAGUAGGAUAUUUCAUUGAUCUGUGAGUUUAAUUCAACGAGUAAACUGCAAUUAAAGUUUAAUUUUGUUUUUCCUAA